AGAAAGGGGUGAAGCAGAGAUAAAUUAAAAGUGUUGAAAAUCUCCAGAUCUGAGAAAACCUCUCAGUGUGUGAUGCUGAGGCUGCAGCUCUCUCUCUCUCUCACACACAGACAAACAUACACACACACACACACACACACACAUACAGGCUCCUGCUGGUGUUUCAUGUGGAUGUAUCUGUUCAACGUGGAAUUUCCACAACUCAACUCUUAUUCUUUAACCAGCUUCACGUGAGAGUGGAUGGAUCUUCUUGUAAGAUUUGAUGCAACAUGAAGCUGCUCGCCGGCCGCUGCUUCACGUGGAUCCUUCAGAGAGGAAUCUUUUGUUUGUUGGUCCUUGGGCAACGCCAUCAUGGCGUCUUCACCUCGGACCUCGGAGCAUCAGCUGAGCUCCCCGGAGACCAGGAGGAUUCUUCACAGAAGGACCAGGAACCUCAAACUCAGAGACUGAUUCAAAACACCAAACUUCCCAUCGGCCCCUUCAUCCCUCUUUCAAAACAGGGACUUUGGGAAAUACUUGGAGGGAACUCCAAGUCCCACUCCAACUCGUCCUUAAAAAUCAAGUCUCAGCCGAUAACGAAGGUUCAGGGAACUUCUAAAUUCUCCAGGAAGUUUAGUUGGGGGGACUUCUACUCAAACAUCAAGACGGUCAAACUGAACUUGCUGAUAAUGGGGAAGAUCGUGGAUCACGGGAACGGCUCCCUCGGAGUGUACUUCCGCCACAACUCCACAGGUGUGGGCAACGUCUCCAUCAGCCUCGUGCCUCCCAUGAAAGAGGUGGAGUUCGACUUGGAGCGCCAAAGUGUGGUCAACCCCAAAGACUCCAAGACGUUCAGCUGCAGGGUGGACUACGAGAAGACCGAACGCAACAAGAAGGUGAUGCUGUGUAACUAUGACCCAUCGAAGACGUGCGACCAGGAGCAGACCCAGAGCCACGUCACCUGGAUGUGCUCCAAACCCUUUCAGGUCGUCUGCAUCUACGUGUCUUUCUACAGCACGGACUACAGGCUGGUCCAGAAAGUCUGUCCCGACUACAGUGACCACAAUCCAGGUGCCCUCCUGCCCACAGGAGGUUGAUGCCUCAGUAGAUCCAGUUUCUAGCUGUACUGACACUGUGGUGGAUGUUUUUGAAGGGAUCAUCAAAUGUAGCAUUUCUCUCGAUAUAAUAUGUUCAAGUCUUGCAUUUUACUAAAUACUGUGAUUAACAUGCUUGAGCACAAUAUAUUUCUCAUUGUAGACUAAAAGAGUUCUAUUAGCCUGCUUUCUUUAAAGACAUGCACAUAACUAGGGCUGUAAUUUAGAAUUCUUCUCACUCUAUAGGUGAACAUAAGUUGAUUCAUUGAUUAAAAACUUAUAAAAUUUGAUAAUUUUAGAAAAAAACAUCUUUACUUGUGUCCGGCUGCUCAUGAAAAACUGUCCUUUAUCGUUUUCAAGAUUAUAUAUCUUUGGGUUUUUGACUUGUGAUUGAACAGAACAAGAAAUUAGAAAAUGUCACCUUCCCCUUUGGGAAGCUGUGUCAUAGGUAAGAUUCUGCGCUCAAGGCUCGGAUGAGGUGAAUGUUUCAGGGGGACCAGAGAUCAGAAGGGGUCCUGGAAUAAUUUGGGGGAUUUACAGAUUUGCUGAUGUCAGUUGUGGCUUUUGCUUCAAUGGCGACAACUAAACUACAAAUCAUCCAAAGGUCUGAGCUUCAGUUAACUCUGGACCAUCGUAAACCUGAAGGUUGACACACAUACACAAGUUAAGUGUUUAGAAUAAAACACAACUGUAGAUUUUAGAUGGUAGCUGCUUGGUUUUAACUUAAUGACAACUUUCUGUUGUGACUAUAAAGAGGACGACAUGAGUGCUCCCCAAAAGUGAGGCCAAUUCCUCUUGACUGUCCCCUUGUGGCUGUCUGUCAUAUUGGUCAUAGACCCAACCUCCUGCAUGUUAGUGGACCUAAAUUUAAAAAAACAUAUUCUCAAAAAUGGUUUCUGUCAUUUUAGGGGUAAUUCUUCUCACACUGAUGUUUGUUGACGUGUAACUGGUGAUUUUAAUUAACUAUUUGAUGCUGUACAAACAGGGCGAGUCAUCAUGAUUGACCGAGUGCAUGUAUGGGCGGCUCCAUGGCGACUAGCCCCAAAUGCACAGGAUGACAGCGUUUGUGUUCUGGAUAUUUUGGUUUCAUGAUAAAUUCCAAGUGAAACUUCCGCAGGUUUUUUUUAAUGACAACUAAAGGUAAAAAAAUUCAUCACAUUAGUUUACACAAAAAUACCCAGACAAAUGUUUGCAUUGCAUUCAAUACAAAAUAGUUGUGGUUUAUUUUUUUUGGGAACAAAAAAUGGCAACAACUAAGUGUCACUUCUCAUGACCAGCGAUAUCUACAGGAAAGAAACAACGAUGGUUCCUUCUUUCGAUUUACCAUUUCCCAUCAGGUUUCAAAUGAUAACUUCAAAUGUAUUUCAUGUGGUUCUCCAUUGUUUCACAUUCUGUCUUUUCUGAACAUUAAAACGUGUUCAAUUCAAUUUCACUUCCCCCCUCAGUCUUCAUGCCUGCAAAGAAAACACUCGUCCACUUCUCUCGCUCUCUCAAUUUCAUGUUCCAAAAUGCUUUUUGUUUUACAUAGCUUCAAAAACACUAGUGUCUGUACAAAUUCCUAUGAAAAAAAUAGAAAUGACAGUUCUGAGGGGAAAAAGAACAAAUAAGGAAUUUGUCAUUAAAGAACAUUAACAUGCCCGACUGAAUCCUAAUGUUGUUUUUUGACUAUUUCUGGACAUUUAAUUUCUCCACCACUUGUUUGUCUGACGACACCUUGGAUUGCAUUUUCUCUCAAGGGCUACAAAGACAGAUCCACACACAAAAUACUGUUCCCCCAAGAAUGACAUCCAGUUGUGCGUUGCUGUUUUUCCUGUAUCCUCUCAUCACUGGCUUUUAAUUCUGUUGUUUUUUUAAAUGAAAACGGACGCAGAUGAGGCUUGGAGAGUUCUGUAUGGGAGUGUCUGUGUUGUUUUUGUCACUUGCUGAUAAAUCUUCUUAAAGGGAACUUGUUCUUGGUGGUCCAGCUGCGUCUUGAGUCCAUGAAGCUCGCUUCUAUGUGUGCUUGCCGACAGUAUUUCUACAUUACUGCUGGUAAGGGUUGACAAGGUGUAACCUGUGACUUUAGUGCAAUGUUUUCCCAACAUCAUUUAGGAAAAUGAUUUUGAUUUGUCCCAUUUUCUGCUUCUUUGUGACUAGCCCUUGGUUGUCUUUCUCGGGGGUGCGGGGGGGGCUUCUAGUUUGUAACCAACAGGCCCACGUCUUCUUCUUCAGUCCCUCAUGGACCCAUAUGUCCUUAAGAUCAGGGGUUCUCCACCUGCUCAACUCCAAACUCUAAGAACUGCGUGAAAAGAAGCCUGAUGAUUAAAGUCGACAGUUUAGACUUAAUUUAUCUGCACUUUUCCUUUGAGCCUUUGAAAUGUCUAGACACUCGUCUCUUCGCUGGGUUCUCGUGUCCAGUUCGUCCUUCUGAUCGGAUUCCAAAGUAGGAACUGGUUGGACAUCGAAGGAUUUCAUU